AUGUACCAGCAAUUUUCGGCUGCUGUGAUCACGUUUUUAAUAUCUAGUUUCGGUAUUCUAGUUAAUAUAGUGUUGGUCAUGUCCAUUCGUAAAACUGUAUCGAUGAAUGGGUCUUUUGGAAUUAUCACGAAAAACCAAGCAAUCUGUAAUAUAAUGAUGUGCUCCAUAUUUUUGGUGUUCGUUUUUCCAACGCAAGUCAGCUCUUCUGUGCUCCUUAUCAGUAUUUCCAAUCAUUUUGGAACGCUCUCUAUGAUUGUAUACGAGAUUUCAAAUUUAUCCCACCUAACGAUCGCAAUGAACCGAUUUUGCGCUAUGUACAUUCAGCAUAGAUAUGAACGCAUUUUCAGCAAAACAAACACAAUGGUGCUGAGAAAUUAUUUGUGGGUGUUUUCCAUCGCUUUUUGCACAUGCUGGUAUGAAAUAUCGAAAUGUUUCUUUUUCUACGACACUCAAACUUGGACAUUUGAGUUUGAGAAUUCAGAAUUCUGUGCAACCCUAACCUGGUUCUCUGACUUUAUUUUCAAUACUGGGCUUAUAAUUCUAACUCUGUUUAUGAACCUCGUAACGGCCUACAAAGGAAGAAAGCUAUCAAGAGCUCUGAUUAAUGCAGCUGGCAUGGAAGUUUCCAACGUCCUACGGAAGCGAGAAUGGAAUUUCGUGAGACAGGCGUGCUGCCAGGGACUAUCGAUUUUUCUGGGCCAAAUUGCUUAUUAUUUUUUUGCGCCAAUGAUUGACGAAGAUUGGCUUGUUGCACAAUUUUUUAUUGCAACUUUGUGGGCGUUUAUGCACGCUUCAGAAGGAGGAAUAAUAAUGGUUUCAAAUCAAGAAUUGCGAACUAUCUUCAAGAAAGAAUCGCAAGAAAUUUUCGCAGUUGUUCGAAGAUCCUCGGGGAUUUGA